AUGAAACAUUAUCCAUUAUUGAAGCAACACGCGUUGAUUUUCUGCUGCGUAACUCCGCUCUGUCCCCCCUCCGCGCAUGUGGAACAGUCCGUUGAUAAAUGAUCACAUGAUCCAAGAUGGCGGGCAUCAAAGUUUGAUCGGGUUGGCCUUCUUUGGUGCUAUCGGGAUGACGUUUGUUGUCUUGGCUUGUGCACUUCCGCAGUUCAACCUGUGGUGGCCAUUCUUCGUGGUGAUGUUCUACAUCUUGGCGCCGAUCCCGUGGUGCAUCUCCCGACGGUACAUGGAGGAGAUGUCUGACUCCGCCAGCUCAGCCUGCCAGGAGCUCAGCAUCUUCCUGACCACAGGGAUCGUGGUGUCAGCCUUUGGGCUGCCCAUCGUACUCGCAAGAGCAGGAGUAAUACAAGGUGCAGCAUGCGGUCUAACGGUAGCGGGCAACGUUGUCGUGUUCAUCACCAUCUUGGCGUACUUUAUCGUCUUCUCAAGAGAAGACGACUUCGCUUUCUCCGGCUUCUAAGUCAUGAAAAUGCCUCCAGACCCCACCGCUCAUUCAACAACCCCACGGCAAACACAACGGAGCUUCACACCCCCAUUUAUGGAUGGUACAUCCAUAAACCUUUCAUGUAAAUGCCUGUUGUGGACUAGUCCAUUCAUAUGAUGGGUAAAAUCAAGCAGUGGUCAGCAAAAUGAAGAGAUAAACUUUUUGUUGGUAAACAAUGGAAAGCCUUGACAAUUCUUUCCAGUAGAUCUUCAUCUACCCAUGUUUUUUACCUCUCCCAGGAUAUAACAAAAACAUUGCCCAGACUUCCACUCUUUACAAAAUUAAGCUGAAGAAAUGAAGUGAUUUUUUGGAGGCUCCAACUAUCACAUAUAGAGACAGAGCACUUGUUGAUCAUUUAGAUGUAUUGUUUAUUAUUGCAAUGGUGUGAUUGAGUUGUAGAAAUCAUGUGUAUUCCGCAUAUUUUGUGUUCACAAAAGUGGUGGGAAAAUUCAGUUUGUUUGAUUAUAUAUAUACUAUUUGUAGGAUAAAUACAUAUGGCAUUUUUCAGGCAGUAACAAUGUUGACUGAAUUGAGCGUAGUCCUAACUACAUUAGAGUAAAUCAACCUUGUCUGUAAAAACUUUGAAUGUGUGUUAUAACAAUAGCUGUACAGAUAUACUCUAUUCCAUCAUAUGGUAAAAGAUACAUUUUGUACCUACAUGUUGUGUCUGUAACUGUUUAAAGCCCUUCUCACUGUUUAGUAAGGCCGCACUGAAUUAAUUUUAUGGAUGCCAUCUGCGUGUGCAUCACUUUUGACAGUUCUAAAAAUAAAAAAUAAAUCUUUGGCCACAAUUUUGUGACCCCAAAGCAUCCCAGGUCAGUCAGAAUUUUACAAGAAUGGCAAUAAAGACAUUAUUGAAAUGG